AUGCCGGGACCGGGCCCGGGUUUUCACGCUAUGUGGCCGGCGGGGGCCUCUCGAGGUCCCUUCAUGCAGCUCUCUGAUUUGCUGCCGAGUGACAAUUAUUCACGGCCAUCACAAAGAGACUACGAGACAAGAGGGUUUGCGCUGCCGCGCGAGCGGUUGCGAUCCCGGAGGCGGCGAGCCGAACAGGCAUUUGCUGGGGCGGAAACCAGGAGUCCGCAACUGAACUGCAGGGGCACAGGGGUCUCAGGGAUGGCCCGGACGCUCCAUUGUUCGGGAGAGGGAAGAAGAGGACAUGCCCUGGAAUGCGCGAAUGCCUCUCCCAUCGACAAGCCCGGCGCGCGUGUCCCAAACAGGCCAGAACCUGGGGGACGUCAUCCAACAAUUGCAGCCCAUGCCCGCGGACCCCCCACCACUGGCACAUGCUUCCGCAUGCACGCGUGGAUUUCUUCUAACAAGAAAGGGACCCCGUCAGAUGUUGCUGUCAUUGGAAAUGGCCUUGCAUGCCGUGGCGUGCCACUUGGGAACAAGAGCCGAACUGUAGUCCUAUCAACCGUCUCUUAUUGGUUGCCCGGGGUGUCGAGAUACAGCAAGAAGCCCAUCUACCAUUCGCUUAGAAUUAUCUGGGAAAAGGGAAAGGGGGCUUGUCACAAUUUGGCCCAUGACGCAGCAGGCGUCAUGUCUUGCAUAGACCCAUGGGGUGUUCUUUUGGUUUCUCCAUUAUGCCACUUGAAGAAGCAGGCUAGCAUGAACGGGAGAUUGAUUGACAAGAAAGAAAUGACGGGAGUGUGCGACAACGAAGACGGCGACGGCUGGGCUGCCGUCGGUGUAUGCGACGCAACCCGAUACAAUGCGCUCCUGUCUUCCCAUACCUUGUCCUUUACCCCGCCGACGUCGCCCCUCCAUUUUGGAGGGACUUGGGUUGGGUUUCUGCCCCUCGCUUCUGAACUCCCGAUUCCCGAACCCGCUGCAGUUCGGUUCGCAGCCUUACGGUGCGUUGGAUCGCUUGAACUGUGUUGGCUGUUGACGGAGCAAGGAAUCCUCGAGUCUCAUUCGACGGUCACGGAGCGGGCAUUCCAAAGUCAACAAACCACCGCCGCAAACAGUCCCAGGGACUUUGCUCGCAGCUCCGCUGCGGAGGAUGCUUUUACACACAGAGACAGAGAGUUGCUCGGCACAUCAGAUUGCAACUACGAAAUACAAGUUGAGAACCGUGGUGUGCACCCUCGCGAAGGGGAAGAGGAAAAGAAAAAAAAGUCCCGCGUGGAGAAUCCCAGCCAGCUUCCAGCCCAAACCCCGACCCGAGCGGAUGACCGACCGACUGCGGCGACAACAUCUACGGAUGCUCCCAUCCAGUCCCCACCGCCGCCGCCGCCACCACCAAAACCGCCGAUCCAGCAGCUGGUCAAGGCGGCCCUGAACCUGGCUCACCGCAGACACCUCAAGAGCAGCCGCCGCCCUUCCGCUGCCGGCGGCGCCCGGGGCGACCGACCGUCCCAGCGAACCACAGCGCUUGCUCAGCGAACUCUCUCACUCGUCCCCGUCCUGCCAACCUCCGUACACAUCUCCGAUUCCCACAACGGAACUUGCCCAUGGAUCGAGACACUUUUUUUCGGUGGAAUAAUGCCGCAAUCUAAGCUCAUCUCUCUUGCUUUCUCCUCGUAUUAUGGCCAUAUUGGGACUACAUACAGGACCACUCCUCCCGGGUUUUCCCGACAUAUGGAGGAUGCUUCUCCGUCUUUUUUGAAUAUCAUACCCAUUCCCGACCUCCUUGUGCGGAAUUCGAAAUUCUCUUGGAACCCAUAUGGAGACCCAACGAAGAAAAAUACAACAAAGCGAGCAAACGCCGUGAAACGCCUAUCCCGAAACAACAUAUCUGCCUGCGUAAACCUGUAG